AUGCUGCAGGAUCAGCCCAGCGCUGAUUCCAGUGAUGAAUCCUUCCCACUCACUGAAACUUCGGAUCUCUCUGAAUGGCAGAAGAUCACAAGGAGAUCACAAGUAGAAGUCCAGGCUGGAGGAUGCCGAAUCACACAAACUGCUCACAACCUACUGGUUUCAAUUCCAGGACUUAUCAAG